CCGGUGACUAUUCCCUGUGGACACAGCUACUGUAUGAACUGUGUUAAAAGCUACUGGGAUGAAGAGGAUCAGAAGGAAACCCACAGCUGUCCUCAGUGCAGACAGACCUUCACAGCAGAUUUAGUGGAGGAAACAAAGAAGACUGGACUCCAAGCUGCUAAAGCUGAUCUCUGUCAUGCUGAACAUGAAGAUGUGAGCUGUGACGUCUGCACUGAGACAAAGCUGAAAGCUGUCAAGUCCUGUCUGCAGUGUCUGGCCUCUUACUGUGAGCAGCACCUCCAGCCUCACUAUGAAUCCUCUGCCUUUAAGAAACACAAGCUGGUGGACCCCUUCCAGCAGCUCCAGGAGAUCAUGUGCCCUCGCCACAAUGAGGUGAUGAAGAUCUUCUGCCACACUGAUCAGCAGUGUAUCUGUUAUCUGUGCUCCAUGGAUGAACAUAAAGGCCACGACACAGUUUCCACUGCAGCAGAGAUGAGCGAGAAGCAGACAGAGCUCAAAGAGAGACAGCAGAACAUCGAGAGGAAAAUUAAAGAGAAAGAGAAAAGUGUGAAGGUCCUGCAGCAGGAGAUCUCUGAGCUGAGGAGGAGAAAAACUGAGCUGGAGCAGCUCUCUCACACAAAGGACCCCACCCAGUUUCUACACAACUACACCUUGCUGUCACGUCUCAGUGAAGCUCCAGACUCAGCCAGAAUCAAUAUUCAUCCUGAGAGCUACACCGAGGAUGUGGCAGCAGCUGUGUCAGAGUCCAGAGAGAAACUGCAGUCCAGUGUUGAAUGGACCAUAACUGCUGUUGAAGAAACUCAAGGGGAUGUUUCAGACUUUGAGUCAGAGCCCAAGACCAGAGCUGAAUUCCUAAAAUAUAAAUGUGUUGAGCAGAGAGAGUUUCACAGGACCUUGUUACUGGGAGGUGGAGUGGAGCGGGGAUGA